AUGUUAGAGAAGAGCUCGCAGGAGGAAAAUGUGACAAAAACAUGGGAGGAUGAAGGAAUGGCCAAUAAUCAAGAGGAUGCGGAAAGGCAACUUAUCGCAUAUACGAAGCCUUUGAUUACAAUUCCUCCGAUAAACUUAUUGUCUCGAUUUGAUGCCCUAGCUAAUCUAUCAGAGGAGCAACUUGAUGAUAAAGAAGAAGAACUUGUACAUUCAAAAGGAACUUUGACUGAGGAAGUGGAAAGCGAGUCUGAAACAGAAUUGGUUCUUGACGACGCACGAAAAGAGCUGCAUUGCAACUAUCUACUCGGUGAAGAUGCGACAAAAGAUAGUGGAGACAUUGGAAUGAAUGAAUCAGCUGUUGAAGAUAUGCGACUUGUUGUGUCUGAUGGUGAAGGAAAAAGGAAAAAGAGGGGAAGGCCACGGGGUUCAAAAACAGGAGUAAAAAUUCAGGAUACAGAGACUCGUCGAUCGACGAGAUUGCAAGGUGAUUCUCCACAAAAAAAUUCUCAAUGA